AUGGUGCGACGUACCACAGCUCUUGCCCUUGGCUGCCUCGCUGGCCUUGCGAUGGCCGACGAUGCGAUUUGCGCCGUGAAGGAAUGCACCGUCAUCACGACAGGAAAGCUCUGCAACCGUCUCACGGACGACUGCCCGACGUGUCUGAGUCAGCUCAUGGGCGGCAAGACAGCCCGUUGUACGAACGCUACCUUUGACGGAUGCCAAGGCGGGACCGUGUGCUCGAGCAUCACCACGCUGCCACCGACGCCGACGGCAUCGACGGCGCCGCCCAAUGCGACGACGCCCGUGGUGACGGUACCCGGUGACACGAAGCCGUCGCCCACACCGACGACGAGCUCGUCGAAACCGACGACGACCUUGCCCAAGACGACGGCGCCAGUGUCAUCGGCAACGACGACCUGGUGCACUUUUGCAACAACGGCUCUUGUCGUCGUCGUCGCGGUUGCGUUGGGUGUCUAA